GGGUAGAACUGCGUGGCUGCGUGGCGUCCCAGUUCAAAAGGAUUAGAGCCACGUCCAGGAUCUUUCCACUUCUCUGAAGCCUUGCCAGAGAAGAAAGAGACAUCAGAGAAAUCCAAGGAGAAGGAGGAGAAAAAGUGACUGAGUGGAAAAAGUGUGAAAAAAAGAGGGGGAAGAAGAUGAGAGAGAGAGAGGACGAAGAGGACGAAGAGCCGGGUCCCUCUACCCAGUCCACGCCAAGCAAGAAGAAACCAUGUGAUGCCUUGCCAGAGCAGAAAGAGACAUCAGAGGAAUCCAAGGAGAAGGAGGAGAAAAAGAAGACUGAGUGGAAAAAGUGUGAAAAAAAGAGGGGGAAGAAGAUGAGAGAGAGAGAGGAGGAAGAGGACGAAGAGCCGGGUCCCUCUACCCAGUCCACGCCAAGCAAGAAGAAACCAUGUGAUGACAAAGAAGAAGAAGAAGAGGAAGAGGAAGAAGAAGACGAGGAAGAAGAAAAAGACGAGGAAGAAUGCUUUACAGUUUCAGACACAGAAGAAGAAGAAGAAGAAGAAGAAGAAGAGGAAGAGGAAGAAGAAGACGAGGAAGAAGAAGAAGACGAGGAAGAAUGUUUUACAGAUUCAGACACAGAAGAAGACGAAGAGGAGGAGGAGGAGGAGGAGGAGGAAGAAAAUGAUGAGGAAGAACCAGAGAAAAGUGGCCAAGCGGCACUUGGUAAUGGAGACAUGUCAGAAUUUCCUGAUCCUUGUUUGUCUGUCACCUGUGGAUCAGCAACUGGGACUCUACAGAAAGAUCGUUUUGCAUCAGGGACCUCUGGGAAAUGCAUACGGACGGCCAGCAGAUGGCUGACCCCCGUCGAGUUCGCCAAGGAGGACCAGGAGCUCAGUUCCAGCUCCUGGAAAAGAAGUAUCCUGUGCCAAGGAGAACCGCUCAGUGACCUCAUCGAGAGGAAGGUUUUGGAGUGCCACUCGCUCCUGUGUCCGUGCAGAAUUUGCAGCAAGGAAGAGAAGGACCUGGAGGAGCAGAGGAACGAUGAUGACUGCUCUGUCUGUGGGAGGCGGGGGGUGUUGCUCUGCUGUGACCGCUGCCCCCGUGCCUUCCACACAGAAUGCCACCCUCUCGCCGUGGAGGAGAGACUGCUGGGGGGAGAGUGGCUGUGUACCUACUGUAUACUGUAUACUCAGUUCCAGGACCGCAGUAUUGCAUGUGAACGCUCUCUCAGACAGCCUCUAGACUGUCGCACCUCAGACUCCAUGCUGAAAGUGAUCAGGAUGGAGAGUGAACAGCUGAGGGAGAGGGGUGUGUACCAGGUACUGGAUUGGCAGGAGACUGAGAAGCCCCAUUGCAUCAGUAUGGCUACCCCCCUGAUUGCCUUGCCAGAGAAUAAAGAGAAGUCAGAGGAAUCCAAGGAGAAGGAGGAGAAAAAGAAGACUGAGGGGAAAAAGUUUGAAAAAAAGAGGGUGAAGAAGAUGAGUGAGGAAGAGGACGAAGAGCCGGGUCCCUCUACCCAGUCCACGCCAAGCAAGAAGAAGAAGCCAGAGAAACCAUGUGAUGGUUCUCCCAUCAGACAGGGGGAGAAGGAGCCGAUCUUCAGGACACAGCUUCCUGUCACCUGCGGCGAUAAGGAGGGUAUCCUUUACAGAAACAAGCUGGCCAAGGGAGAGCUGUGUAUCCUGGCCGAGGGGUUCUGGUUUGCCCCCCAGGCCUUCGAAGAUUUUGGGGGGAAGAAGAGUUCAAAAAAAUGGAAGGAGAGCAUUCGCUGCCAGAACACCCCCCUGCAGAAACUGAUCCAGGAGGGUCAUUUGGAAGCCCCGAGCAUUCCAUGCAGAGAGAGAAGGAAGAGGUCAUCACGUACCAGGCCAUCUGAGGACAAGAUCUCUGACGAAGAAGAACCAGAGAAAAUGGAUAAUGGAGACAUGUCAGAAUUUCCUGGUCCUUGUUUGUCUGUCACCUGUGGAUCAGCAACUGGGAUUCUACAGAAAGGUCGUUUUGCAUCAGGGACCUCUGGGAAAUGCAUACGGACGGCCAGCAGAUGGCUGACCCCCGUCGAGUUCGCCAAGGAGGACCAGGAGCUCACUUCCAGCUCCUGGGAAAGAAGUAUCCUGUGCCAAGGAGUACCGCUCAGUGACCUCAUCAAGAGGAAGGUUUUGGAGUGCCACUCGCCCCUGUGUCCGUGCAAAAAUUGCAGCAAGGAAGAGAAGGACCUGGAGGAGCAGAGGAACGAUGAUGACUGCUCUGUCUGUGGGAGGCGGGGGGUGUUGCUCUGCUGUGACCGCUGCCCCCGUGCCUUCCACACAGAAUGCCACCUGCCCGCCGUGGAGGAGAGACUGCUGGGGGGAGAGUGGCUGUGUACCUACUGUGUACUGACUUUCAACCAGGACCGCAGUAUCACGCGUGAACGCUCUCUCGAACAGGCUCUAGACUGUCGCACCUCAGACUUCAUGCUGCAAUGCCACUAUCUCCUCCUGCUGCUCUCCCGCUGGUAUCACGUCUUCUCCUGCGACCCCAGAGACACGGUGCCACGCGACAGGGACUUCAUUCAGAAGUCAGGACCAGCCCGCAGAAGGCUGAAGAUGGUAGCAGAGAAGCUGCGGGCGGGGCAGUACUCCACUGUAGGCCAGUUCGAAUCUGACAUCCAACCCAUCUUUAAUAACGCUGCCACAUUCAACAGGGAAAAUGAAGUUGGACCGGUGGGUGCAAGACUCAAGCAGUUAUUUGAGACUGAAUUUCAGCAGGUCUUCAGUGUGAAAAACAACUCGGAUGCAUCAUCAGGCGGUCCUCACAAUGUCUAACGAAGUGUGUUUAACAGGCCAAAUCGGUCCUCCUACUUUCAUAAAAUGCCAUAUAUCUCAGAACUUUCAGUACACAGGUGUCAAACUAAUACAUGUGCUUUUCAUUUGAAACGUUAAUAAUUGAUUUGAUCAAUAUUAACAAAUUACUCGGUAUGCAACAUAAAGCCACUAUUAGCAAUUCAUAAACUGGUGUUUUUAAAGAGCUGUUUUAAAUAUUAUGCGGUGUUUGAACACAAAAUGAUACAUUUCGUUUUCAGAAUAAUGUAAGUAAAAAAAGUAUGCUUGUGAAAUUUGAAAACGGGUUUUCUGUUGCUUGAUAUCAGCCGAAUGCUUAUAGUGAAUGCAUGCUCACAAAACGCCAGUGCUAUUAAAUUGUUUAAGUAAACUUUUCAUAGUUUUUUUUCAGAACGUAGGAAAACAAUGUAUUCUAUUAGCGCAACUCAUAAAUAAACAAAAAUGCUGUAUUCUGUAAGAGAACCCGCUUUGUAAAUAAACGAUCAAAACGCC